UCUUAACCAAUCAAAAUGAAAAUUUUGACGCCAAAAAAAAAAAUCCUGAAAAUUAUCUUCUAGCUAGAUUCCACCAUAUGUAAAUAAUAACAUUCACUGUAUACAUCAUAUUGUUUUCUUAAAACUCUUUAUAGUUCUUUGUAAAUGAAGCAUUAUAUGUAAUUUCUGUCGUAUAAGUAAAUAAAAUAAAUACACUCAAGAAAGUAUAAAUAUGAGCUUAGCAAAGCAUUGUCUCUUUCUCUCUCACACACAGAUUGAGGAAAAAAUAAUCAAAAAUAUGUUUUUUCAAAAACUCAAACUUCGUACCUCCAAGAACUCCCAUAAAAUAUCUCCAGCCACGGUGUCUAAAUCUCCGGCCACCGUCUCAAAAUCAUCGGAGAAAAGAUUGAGGAAAGAAUUCCAAGAGGAAGAUCACAUCCUGAAGGCCCAUGUGAGAGCGUCGUUGCCUUCGCCGGAAAAUAUUUCCCGGUGGGAAGCUACCGUUAACGGCCCGGUGGGUUGCCCUUACGAAAACGGAGUCUUCACCGUCUCCGUUCACAUCCCACCCAAAUAUCCUUUUCAACCACCCAAAAUCACAUUCAAGACAAAGAUCUUUCAUCCUAAUAUAAGCGAAAGUGGAGAAAUCUUUGUUGAUAUAUUAGGAUCACGAUGGUCUUCGGCGUUGACCAUCAAUCUUGUACUGCUUUCUGUAUGUUCGAUUUUAUCGAACCCGGUUGAACCGUUUUUGGUUAGCAAUUAUGCCGGGAGACUGUACCGGAAAGACCGGAAAGCUUACGAGAAAGUUGCGCGAGAAUGGACUCUGAAAUAUGCAAAGGGAUGAUUGAUUAGUUCUUUUAUUUUAUAUAUUUGUUUAUGUCUAUUGCGAUUAUAUAAUUAUAGACUAUAUAACUAUAAUUAUAGCUUUAUAUAGCUAUAGACUUCUGUUUUGUUUCGUCAGUUUAGUGUCGUGUAAUACCGAGAGAUUGGAUACUAUAGUUAAGUGUAUUUGUAUAGCAGCUGCUAAACCUUGUUGAAAA